AUGAAAAAUCGAAAUCGUCGCUUGCUUUUCCCUUCACCUAGCGUUUUGAACGGGGCUGAGCGAGAGCCUCAAGUGUCUGACUUCGAAACUCUCACAAAGAAAGCCAUAGGAGAGGGUGCUUUUGGUGAAGUCUAUAAGGUCCGUCACAAAGUUUCAAAAGAACUCUACGCAAUAAAAGUAGUUGGCAAGCAAAAAGUAGUCGCUGCAAACUUAUUACCGCAGCUAAGAAGAGAGAUAAGGAUCAUGUAUAGUUUGAAUCAUCCUCAUAUUAUCAAGCUUUAUAAUCACUUUGAAGACGACAAUAAUUUUUACCUUGUUUUAGAGUUGGCUGAAGGAGGAACCUUAUGGGGAAGACUUGCAAAAUUCAAAAGCUUUGACGAAGCAACUGCAGCUCAGUAUUUAAGGGAGCUGAUUUUAGCUUUGGAAUAUUUGCAUUCAAGAGAUCCACCAAUCAUUCAUAGAGACAUUAAGCCUGAAAACUUGUUGCUAGACAAAGAAGGCAGGGAUGGCAGAAUUAAAGUCGCUGAUUUCGGAUGGUCAAAUUUUUUCAAUGCAGAUAGGACAAGAAUGACCUAUUGUGGGACCUUGGAUUAUUUAGCUCCAGAAAUGAUUAAUCAGCAAGGCCAUACCACAAGUCUAGAUCUGUGAAACUUAGGUGUGCUAUUGUUUGAGCUUUUGACAGGAACUGCUCCUUUUCAAGCUCCGACACAAGCGGCGAUGUUUGAAAAGAUCUUAAAAGUAAGAAUCACUUUCCCCAAAAAUUUCCCACCUUUGGCGAAAGAUCUUAUUAUGAGGCUUUUGCGUGUGAAUCCUGCUGAAAGAAUUGCCUUGCAAGAUAUAUUAAAUCACCCAUGGAUGCAAACUCAUCAGCCUAUCCGCCCUACAAUAGUGCAAAAUGUCCAAAAAGAAGCUUUACCUUGUCCUUUAGAAGUAAAUGAUGAAACGACUGCAGAUAUCCCUAGUGAAGAUCCUAUAAAACCUUUUGAUGAAUCUGAAUUCAGGGUCUUAAGUAAGCCUAAAAAAGAAGAAGAAAAAAAAGAAGAAAAUCCUCCACCAGCUCCUCAAGCUGCAGAAAAUCCGACCCCAGCCCCAACACCUACAGCAUACACUCAACAAGUGUCUACUUUAGAAACUGAAUUAAAGCAGACCAGAGAAGAAAAUAAAAGAUAUAGAUCUCAGUUAGAAGAUAAAGAAGCUGAGCUAGAAAGAGUUAAAAAUCGAAUUCAAGAGCUAGAAGGGGUUCUAGCAAAGCUAGAUAAUGAUUGUGAAGAAAAAAGAAAAGCAGAAAAAAAUUUAAAGGACCAGCUAGCUGAAAAAAGUAAUAAAAUCGCUGAAUUAAAAGCCCUGCAAGAAGAUGAAAAUAAGUUAUAUCAAGAAUACGAAGCUUUAAGAGGAAAAUGCCUGGAAAAAGAGACAGAACUGUCUUUAUUGAAAACUGAAAUCGAAAACAUGGAAAAGCUAGCAAAAGAUAAAGCAGCCCAAGCAGAAUCCCUUGAAAAAGAAAUCGAAAGAGUAAAAGGCGAAAUUGACCAAACCAAGCAAAAAUAUUCAAAAUCCAAAUCAGAAAUGCAUGACCAGUUCUUAAAGCUAUCCACAGAAGUCGAUGUAUUACAAAAAGAGCUGCAAAGUAAAGAAAGAGACAGCUCAGUUGUAUCUUUGGAAGCUUUAUUAACAUUCACCCAAGAAAAUUUGGAAAUUUUAAAAAAAAGAAGCAGGCUGGAAAAUGAGUUGUUAAAACAAUACCAAGAUGCUAAUGAAAGACUAAUCCAAUUAGACAAUAAACAUACUGAAAUGAAGCUGCAGUAUGAAAACGAUCUAGCAGAACUAACUCCCCCCCCCCCCCUCCGUGAGUGAACAAAAAAAAUUUUGUUCACUCACGGAGGGGGGUUAUUUUUUUUUUUUUAAAACAAUUUAUAUAUAAAUUUUAUAAAAAAUAUUUUUUUUCGAAAUUUAAAAAAAUCCUAAUUCGCAAAAAUUGGAAGUAAAUAUUAAUUUAAUUUAUAAAAUUUAUGUUUUAAAAAGCAAUUUGUUUAAAAUUAAAUAGAAUUAGCUCUAGAUUUCAUUAUACUAAUUAUCAUUUAUAUAUCAAAAUUUUUUUCCAUAAGAAAUGUUUUCUAUUAAAAAAAUUUUUGUCAUUCACGGAGGGUGGGUUUUUGGUCAAAAAAUAGCGAUUUUUCUAAUGGUUUUGUUCACUCACGGAGGGGGGGGGGAGUAAGAAGAAAAGCUGAAAGCGAAAUCCGGGAGCUGGAGUCUUCCAUUGUAAAACCUGUUGAGCCUAACUCUGAUGCUGAUUUAGAAGUCUUGAAACAAAGACUUAAGGAUAGCUUGGAGAACCAAAAAAGAAAUAAAGCUAUGUAUGAUGAACUGCAGCAUUUACAAGCUAUGAUACAACAUUAUGAAAAAUCAUUAGCUUUUGCACAGAGACAGCUGCAAGAUUUGGAAUUUUUGAGAGAAAAUGCCUUAGAUUAAUUAAUCAUAAUUAUACUGAUCGAAAAGUCUACUGCAGUUCCUGAAGGGCAGCCUCCAAUGGUAAUGUUUCCCCGAUGAGAGCCUGCGCUCGCUAUCCGGUAGUAAGAUGAAAUUGUGUCACUAUGUCCCGCGCCAACAAAGUUGCCUACAAUGAAAAUUCAAAUGGUUGAAUAACUCGGUCAACUCUCUGCCAAAAUAGAAAUCCAAAGCCUAUGGUGUAACUCCUUGCUUUGCACUAGAAAUAGUCCCGAUUACCCAAGAAUCUCACUUCUGGAACUACUGGAGAUCCCUUUUCAACUCUCAGCUCAAUUCCUCUGACUCCCCCCCCUUUAAAUUGGAACUAAAAAUUUUGUUCCAAUUUAAAGGGGGGUUAAUUUUUUUUUUAAAAAAAAAUAUCAAUAUACAAUUUUUUAUAAAAAAUAUAAAAAAUUUAAAAAAAAAAAAUUCAAAAAUUUAUCGAAUUAGAUCAAUAAAUUUGUUUAAUAAAAUGCUAUUUACUCUUUAUCCUUUAAAACAAAGCAAGAUAUAACUAAAUUUUUAUUAUUAAUUAAAACGCCACUAUUAAUUGGUAUCAAAAUUAUAUUUACACAAAAAUUAUUAUUUUUAUUGAUAAAAAAAAUUAAAAAACAAAAAUUUUGGAAAAUUUAUCGAUCAAAGUGCUAAUUUUGUUUAAAUAAGAUGUUAUUUAUACUCUAUUCUUUAAAAUAAAGCAAGAAAUAAGUAAAUUUUGAAAUUUUAUAAAGAAUUCCUAUUGAAUUUAUAUCAAAACUAUCCAAAUAAAAAAUAUCAUUUUUAUCAACAAAAAAAAAAUUUUUUUGGAAAAUUUUAAAAAAAAAAAUUAAAUUUUUUUUAAAAUUUACCAAUUAAGGAUAAUAAAUUUAUUUAAAUAAGAUGCUCUUUAUGCUUUUUUCUUUAAAAAAGAGCAAGAUAUAAAUAAAUUUUUAAUUUUAGCUAAGAAGAAAUAUUUUAACUUAUAUCAAAACUUUUUAGGUAAAAAUUAUAUAUAAUUUUUUAUUAUAAAAUUAAAAUUUUGUUCCAAUUUAAAGGGGGUUAAUUUACCAAAAAAGUGGAAAUUUUACCGAUAUUUUGUUCCAAUUUAAACGGGGGGGAGUGAGACAAAAACCCUGAAUUUAAGUAAGUAUUCGAUCGACUACCCUGAUAUUGCGCUUCCCCAAAACAGAUAAAACUGACUGAGUCCCCAUUCCCGAACGGCAUCCUUCCUUCAAGUCUCUAAACCUCUAGAUAUGGGACCACUAUAGGAGUUAAGAGAGUAGGCUAAUUCGCCACACCAUUUCAACAUAUACAAGAGAAAACGACCAAAAACAAAUAAUCCAGCAAGAUACCCUACUUCAGAACUAUAAUCAAGAAAUUCAAGAAUAUCGGAAAAAGCUUCAAGAAGCAAGAUUAGUUUAA